AUGUACACCACGACCCUGGUCGGACGGCCCAUCCAAUUUUUCGAAGAUGUUUCGCAGCUCUUAUAUGCUAUGCGGGAUGCAAUCAAAGGGCAUCGAGAGCUUUGGUUUAGCGGCAUGCUACACGGGAACAUCAGCCCUCGCAACAUUUUCAUCGUCGAAGACGGCAAGUAUACGGGCCGUCUCAUCGACCUCCAAAACGGCACAAUAUAUAAAGACGUUGUAGCAACGCCUCUCGACGGCUCCCACCGGGACGAAGACUAUCAGUUAUUGACUAUGAGCAUGGAGAACAUGCUCGAUGUCAAUAUAUCGAAGGACCAGGCACAGGAACUUCUGAAUCGGCACGGGCAUUUCGGAAUGGUCAUGUUCUACUGUGUGAACUGCCUAAACAAGGGGUUCUCACGCGAAGCCAUUAUCGCUCAUAUGUUCGGUACCACGUCUCAUGCGGUCGAAAGUUUUCCAGACGUGGAUCGCGCGACAGCGAAGAGCGAAGAGCGAUUGACUGGUACGGAGGCCUUCAUGAGCGGCGAGCUAUUGCUACCCGCACCCACGCUGUACGGAAAAACUUCUCAGAACCGUACCCACAAUCACCACGUCAUCCACGAUGUGGAGUCGUUCUUCUGGGUGCUCGUCUACCUCUGCAUCACUCGAGACGGCUGUAGGGGGAGUCGCCGCCCCGAAUUGGGACCUUCUCUUCUCGACCGUAAGGACCUCCACCUUCGACGCUUCGUCCACUGCCUAUUCGAUACAAAGUCUCACGAGACGCUUAUUUACACCAAGGAGAUCAUACUGAACGCUCCCGAUCACUUCAUCAAGUCUAUACUUCCAGAGGUUCACCCUGACUUACAGUGUCUCUCGACGCUGUUGGAAGAGUGGUGGCGGCUCAUGGCCCUUUCGUACCUGACUUACGAUCGCCUUACCCCGGGGAUCAUCCACGAUCAGGUACUCGCUCUGUUCGACGCCGCCAUCGAAAAGUUGGCCGAGGCGCCUCCCCACGGUGCGGACGAGAAGCGUACGACGACGCCCGAUCCGGCGACGCAGCAGUCGCCGCCUACUCCGGGACGGAGCGAGACCGAGCCUUCGACGCAAACCGGACAUUGGGACGGUUCCCCACGCAGGGCGAGGAGUUCCCCGCCUAGAAGGAGUCCCUCGCCUAGAAGAGAUGGAUCCGAAUCCCCGACCCCGAAUCCCAACCCCGGUGCUGCGCCCGAAUUCCCCUCGAGUAAGAAGAAAAGGACGGACAACGAAGGCGACCUUGAGGAACGCGAACGCGCCAUCGACGACGACAACUGCACCUCUGUUUGA